AUGAGCAGCCCUAGUACGCACCCCCCACAACAAACAACACCAACAUCUGCUACUACCCGGCCGGUACGCACCCUCGCCGCGGGCCACACUGGGAGCGUUCAUGUGGUCAAAUUCAAUUCACCAGGAUCCUAUGUGCUUUCUGGAGGACAGGACCGCCGAGUUGUACUUUGCAAUACCGAUACUGGCGCUUUUGUAAAGUCUUACCAGCUACACGCGUACGAGGUUCUCGACAUCGCCAUUGCUCGCGAUAGUUCUAUGUUUGCAAGUUGCGGAGGUGACAAGACCGUUUAUCUUUGGGAUGCUGCGUCUGGGAACACGCUCAGACGGUUUUCUGGUCACAUGGCACGCGUCAAUAGUGUUGCUUUUAAUGACCCGGAGACUGUAUUAGCAACUGCUUCCUACGAUGGCUCUGUUCGGUUGUGGGAUCUGCGAUCUGGCACAGCUACACGACCGAUCCAAGUGUUGUCAGAGGCGCGCGAUAGUGUCUCGGCCGUAGACAUACAUGAACAUAUCAUAGCAUCAGCGUCAGUCGACGGCCGGCUGCGCGUGUACGACUUGCGCAUGGGUCGCUUGACUACUGACACUGUGGCCGCUACUGGUGCAGAUGUGACGCGUCCAUCAGCCGGGACUGCGACACCACUGACAUCUGUGAUGAUCUCGCCUGAUGGAGACACCGCACUUGUCGGGGCAUUGGACUCAACAGCACGCUUGGUUGAUCUUGAAUCCGGAUCAACGUUGCAAGCAUAUGUUGGCCAUGAGAACCGGGUAUUUCGUAUGCGCGCAGUACUAGACGCUGAUGCUGGGCUUGUGCUUGCUGCCAGUGAAGACGCUAGUAUAUGCGUAUGGGAUCUCAUGGCCGGCCAAGAACCACUUUCAAGAAUUCGAAUUAAUACUUCAAGCGAGAAGUCACUAGCCCGUGCCCCUCUAGCAUUCGAUUAUCAUGCUAUGAACCCGGAUUCAAGUGCUGAAGUUGGGACCGUGGCAGCAUGUGGAUCCGGUGGGGUGAUUGGAAUCUAUCAUGUGAUUAUGUAA